CCGAUGGGUCUACAUCCAUCCCUGAAUGUCGUCGGGUACUGUUAACUUCCCCGCCAUUCUUGUAACUGUCACCUGUAAUCCGCGCAGGUGUGUCCGCACCCCCUUGAGUGGACAAGAAAAAAAGGAUUUCUCGGAGCAACCCCCCAGGUUCCAGACCCAGGAGUCAACUUUCCCGUAUGAGCAUUCGAUAGGUCGUCUGAGGGUUCGCCGCGGUUCAUUGCUGUGCUUACACACUAGGCUACCCUUUUCCGAAAGCUCCGCGGGACCACCUACCACUAGUCUUCGGCUGGAGGGGUUUAUUGCAAAAAGGCCGGGACGCAGGCUCCCGAAGAGGGAAGCCCAACGAAUGUCAGAUGCAAAGCCCCGCACCUCAUUAAGAUCAUAUUGGCAUACUCUCCCAAAAAAAAAAGAGCAGACCCCAUUGAAGACGAGAGUGAGGUACAACAAGGCCAUUUCUGUCCAUCGCCCUUCUCACGGAGCCGUACGUGGACGUUACCGCUCAUACAGCUCCCAGCCAGCAACAGUUAGCCUUCCUCUACAAGGAAUGGAAGUGUGGAUGAAUCGACAUCAAAUAGAGAAUGUUUUUGUAGAUUCAAAAAAUUCCAGGGUGGAUCAGGACGAGAAUGAAUCCGGGAAUCCAGGACAUACUCAUACUGGGGCUCUCCUCUGGGGAGGGGUUUUUUAUAGAGAGAGAGGUGAGUCGAGGGUAGCCUCCCGCUUGACCGAUUUCUCGGAGUCGGAGGAAGAUCUCUCAUCUGAUGACCCUGAACAAGAAGGAGCUGCUCUCGAUGUGAGAUCAACAGCAAAAGAAAGAAGAAAAGGGCCAUGAUCCUGUGUUCGUUUUCGCCAUGCCCUGAUGAUGCGCUCCUAGCUCGCGGAGCUACAUACCAGAAAAAGAAAAAGACUCUAUCUAUUACUUUGAGAAGAGAAUCGUUGGGUUGACCGACGGACUACGUGGGAAAUACGAGAUCUAGGCAAGCCGCUACAUGUUCUCCCCCUGCCCUUGAACGAUAGAAGAACUACUUAUCUUCUCUUAGGCAGGGGUCGAUCGGUUCGCAUAUAUGGUCAAUCAAUAGGUCCGCGGAUCUAUUCUUCUAUACGAUAAAUCGCCAUCUCGUAGCACCACCACGACACCGAUUCUCCGGCAAACCCCCCAAUUUCCCGACAGUUAGGUAGCCGAUAGUAGUAGAAGCUCUAAGGCCGCUAUUCCUGACAUAGUAAGGCCUUUACCGAUCUGUUCUAGUCAUCCGUUCUCCAAACGUUGUCUACCUAGUGAACAUGAUGCCUCUUCGAAGAAUUCCAUUUUUCUUUUCUUUUUGAUUCGAAUUAGGACUUCUGUUUUCCUCCGGUAUGCUGCUCCAUCAUCUUCUAUCCUGCGUCUAAGUAGUUGAAGGGGGCAAGUUGCAUAAUCGUUUAGGCUUUGUGAUUAUACUUCGCUUGCUUGCACGACCGCCACCCCCCUCCUCUUUGCUUGAAAAAGAAAUAUUACUUCGCUAUAUUUCUCUGAGCUCCUAGGCAACUGAUCCUACUCCCUAAGAAGAGUCAUUAAGAGAGAGGGCGUUAAGCAAGAGCUAAGACAAAACGUACCAAUUGGUGGCGGAGAACUAGACUAUUCGCCCGGGACGUUGAAAGAUUUGUCAGAAGGUUUCGUCUUUGUCAGGAAGAAAAAGGGGGCAAGAGGAGUGUAUCCGUACCUGUACCGAAGAGACCUUGGGAAGGCAUCUCUAUCUCUUUAGUCUUUUUUCUAUCUAAUAAGACCUAUUCUAUUCGGAUCAUGACAGCUGAUGGUAGUGAUUGCCCUUCAUAGCAGGCUGGAAUUGGAAGAGGAUCACGAAUAAUGCAAUAGCCGGGUCUUUUUUGAUGCCAAACCUGCCGUAGUCGGUAUCGCAGCAGGAAAUAAGACGUCGCAUAGUUCCGGUGACUCUUUCUGAAACCGGGGAGGCCCUUGCAGUCGGCAUUAGCGCUGUGGAAAGGACGGAAGAACGGAUUGCGAUUGCCAUAAGUAAAGGAACUGAUUGCAGGGAAGGAAGUCAGUUUCAUUUUCUUUAUCUUAUAAUAAGAUCAGUAGCUGCACAUUCAGAAGCGAAACUGGUCGAGUGAAGUAGGAGCCUAGCUUUACAAAAGCAAUAGCCUGAUUAGUCAACUGGAAAGCGAGUGAGUGACCUAAGUUGAGUAGGAAUUCGGAAUAACAAUAAAAUAAGUAAGGCUGGUGUAGAAGCUCUUGUGCUAGAAUCAGCUCUUGGGAGAGCAAUUCAAUCAGCCGUUGAUGCAAAAUAAGCUGUUCCACUAUAAGCUUUUACUGCUCGAGUACUCGUAGCCGUUGCUUGAAAGCUAACUUCAUGCCCGGUCUUAUAGGCUGCUAGCUAGGGCAUGGGGAGCACUAAGGCUAAGGGGAAGGAACUGAUUUAGUUAGCAAGACUAGCUGCUGUUUCAUCACUAAGCGGUGCUGGAGAGAGAACUGGGGGCUU